AUUUUCUUAUGAAUCAUUGUGAAUUCUCCUUAACAUACUACAAAUCGCUACACAUUUUGAAUUAAUAAUUUAAAUUCGAACUGUUUAGAAAUGUAUGACUACAUAGAAAUUCUCAAAUUAUGCUAUAAGUACUUAUAAUAUAUUCGAAUAUAUAUAUAUAUGUACAUACAGAAUGCAGUAUGUAGAAUGUUCAAUUGAAUUUAUGCAAAUGUACGUUCACGUACACUUUUAAUUAAUAAUACGCUACCCAAACCCAACAGUUCAUUUCAUUGUCUACUUCCAUUAGCGAUAUAUCGAUACAUUUUUUUAUUCAUAUAAUUCAUUGUUGCUCGGCUUGUUGUAUUUUAUGAAAUAGUAUAUUGUGUAGGAAGAAAUAAAUUAUUUUUUAUAUGCAAUAUGUUCUCCUUACCUGCAAGACAUAACUACUGUAAAGGAAAAUUGAUUGGUAAUAAAAACGUAGUAUUAGUAUUUAAGGCAUCAAGGAGCACAAUAGCUGAAAGAAAUGAUGGAUAUCAAUAUAUUAAAAAAAGCAAAACCCCUACAAUGCAUUUUCAACCAUCUCUACCAAGAUUGCCUAUUCCUAAGCUUGAGGACUCAUGCAAAAGAUAUUUAAAUGCUCAAAAACCUUUAUUAUCUAAUGAGCAAUUGGACAAGACUACAUCCUAUGUUAAUGAAUUUCUUACUAAACCUGGUAUUGAUUUGCAAAAGAAACUUAUUGCAAAAGAUGUCAAAAAUCUUCAUACUAGCUAUAUUAGUGAACCAUGGUUUGACAUGUACCUAAGAGAUCGUAAGCCUUUACCUAUCAAUUACAAUCCUUUCAUAGUUUUUGCACCAGAAGACAAUUCACUGUAUAAUGCACAGUUAGUGAAAGCUACAAAUCUACUUAUAUCAUCAUUAAGAUUCAUGAAAUCAUUGAAGGAAAAUAUUCUACCACCAGAAGUGUUCCACUUAAAUCCCAAGAAGUCUGAUACAGAUUUAUUUCAUACUGUUACAAGAUUGUUACCAUCUCGAAUCAGUUGGUAUGGAGCUUAUUUAUUCAAGGCCUAUCCUUUGGAUAUGUCUCAAUAUCACAACUUGUUUAAUACAACAAGGUUGCCAAAAAUAGAAAAAGAUGAAAUUUAUCAAAAUACAUCUGCAAGACAUGUAAUUGUAAUGAGAAAAGGACAUUUCUACUCUAUUGAUGUAUUAGAUGAAAAUGGCUAUAUAUAUGAACCAAAAACCAUAGCAAAUUGCCUGAAAUCUAUUUUAGAAAACAAUAGACCAGCUAAUGAAUGUCCUAUUGGAGUACUUACAACAGCAGAACGUAAUUUGUGGGCUAAUACUAGAACACAUUUAUCAGAAAUUGGUAAUCAAGACCUUCUGAAGAAAAUAGACUCAGCUGUAUUUAUGAUGAUACUAGAUGAUGUGUGUCUUGGCACUGAUUACAAUAAAUUGGUUGGGACAUUCCUCCAUGCAGAUGGAACAAAUAGAUGGUUUGAUAAGUCAUUUUCUUUAAUUGUCACUCAAGACGGAUAUGCAGGAGUAAAUUUUGAACAUUCAUGGGGAGAUGGAGUAGCUGUUCUAAGAUUUUUUAAUGAUGUGAAAAAUGAUAUCUCAAAACAACCGAGAUUCCAUCCUAAUGAUGUCAAUUACCUUCAAAGUGGAACAAGCAAUGUCAAACAACUUAAAUUUGUUGUAGAUGAUAAAGUUCAAAAUAUCGUUGAUAGGCAAACAAAAAAGUACGAAGAAUGGACGAAACAAUUAAGUAUAGAUCACGUAAUAUUGGAGAAAUUUGGUAAAGACGAGUGUAAAACUUUUGGAGUAAGUCCUGAUGCGAUCAUGCAGUUAGCUUUUCAAUUAGCUUUAUACUAUCAGGAUGAACGUUCAGUAGCGACAUACGAAUCUUGUAGUACAGCUGCAUUUAAGCACGGACGAACAGAAACUAUUAGGUCUUGCACAAUGGAAACAAAAGCAGUAUGCGACGCUAUGGUUAGAAAAAAUAGCAAUUUAUCCAAUUCGGAAUUAAAACAAUUAAUAAUUAAUUGUAGUAACGUUCAUAAUAAGCUCACUAAAGAAGCUGCUAUGGGACAAGGAUUCGACAGGCAUUUGUUUGCAUUAAAAAAAAUUUGGGAACAAUCAAGUACUCCUAAACCAGCUAUUUUUGAGGAUCCAGCAUACGAUAAUAUAAAUCAUAAUAUCCUAUCUACAUCGACUCUUUCAAGCCCGGCGGUAAUUGCUGGUGGAUUUGGACCAGUGGUAAACAAUGGAUAUGGAAUUGGGUACAUGAUUCAAGAUAAAAGAUUGGGAUCUAUUGUGACAAGUUAUAACAACCAUUGCAAUUCUACUAAGUAUGUAAAAUGUCUGGAAGAGGCAUUUAAAAAUAUUUAUCAAGUAUUUGUUCAGUGACAAUAACGCUAUCGAAUAUUUAUAAUCGAUAUUCAAUUACUAUUGCAUUCAAGUUUGUU